ACGAGCAGCUCAGCUCUAUGACUGCCGAAGGCUUCCCCCAAAAACUCGGGGUUGACGCAGUUCAAAAUCUAGAGCAUAAUUUAGUUAGCAUACAACUGUCGAUGCAAUGAAUUUUUGCUCGUACUCAGUGCCCGGACAGACAGGACCUGUAGCAGCAUAGCUAGACGAGGACAUCGCCAAGGGGACGGAGUGAUUUGUGUUUUCAAUGGUGGGUCCCAAACCCGUGGUCUCGGUCGUCGCGCGUGGUUGUUCGCGUCAAUCGAUUUCCCCCUUCAGUUUUCUUUCCCUUUUGCUAAAGUUCAUCGUCCAUCGUUUAGAACUUACACGACUGUAGGAUAGCAGCAUAAAUAAAUUGUACAGUACAAAGAGGUUCUGUUCGGUCUAUGUUGCUGCCAAUUGACUGUGGGAAAAGUUUCCCUUUCGUCAUUUCAGUGGGUCAGACAAUAACUCAAAAUAAAGUCUGAGACUUGCAAGGUUUUAUGUGACAACACGGCAAAACGUACUGGUAUGAGAAUCAGCUUGCAGUUUUCAGAGGAUAAAGUUAAACAGACUGUAGGAUUUGUUGUACGUACGUAAGGUAAUCCACACCACUCGUCGCUGCAGUGUACGUCGCAGGGGAACUACGGAAAAAGUCCCAUGGGUGCAGUGUAAUUAAUUAUUAAACGCUCUUUGUAAGGAUUUCCGAACCUCGUUCCGCACGUGAAGGACCGCUUUACCGGCAAAUGUGCUACGGCCGUCUAGUGAACAAGAGGCAACGAACCAGACGAACUACGACCGAAACAUUGCACUAAAUGAUGGCGUUCCUUUAAAAGGAAACUAUGUAACAAGACCACAUGUGCGUAUCUGGUUGUGUUCGAGGGUGUGUGUGUGUAUGUGUGCUGAAGAGAAUGUUGUGCUUAUCAAAUGGAAAUCGUCCUUUGCGUCGGCAGUGGAUAAACCUGGUGUAAAGGGGUUAGUGGAGGAGCUAAUUGCUGUUUUCCUUGAAUCUCCUUUCACAGGAGUGGCGACAUCGUCCUAACGAAAUCGAUUGUUUUCCUGGUUCAUUAUGCUGAUUGUAUGACAAGAUUGCACAGACGGAAGAGAAGAUACGUAUCUCAUCAGUUGGAGGAAGUUGUUCACGUGCAAUUGGCUACGUAGUGUGCACAAAUUAUGAUGCGAUUCAAGUGAUUCAAGGAAACGUGCAGUGCAUGAAAUAGAUGAAUGGAUUAGAAGUUGGAAGUGGAACGAGGCAUUGAUUGGGGAAGCUCUAGUGAAACUACAUCAUCAAUUGAUGCUAUUCGGGAUGCAUUAUUGAGAUCGGUAUAUCAUAGAAAUAGUACAAUUUGAAGAUGCAAAUAAUAAUCUAACAUCGAAUAUUGUUGGCGAAAAUCGUUCCCACUGUCGACACAUCCCAUACGCGCUGCCCUGGUAGCUAUGCUGUCGAAAAGAACUAAACACAAUCCGUUCAUGUAGUGCCCGAAGUAUUAACCGUAAUUAAAAGUACUUAUCUGCUCUACUCAGAGCUUGGCUGCAAAUCCAAUCGUUCAACUUCCCGUGGAACUUUCCCUUACCCGAGAAGAAUGUACAUUGCAUGUUCCACUUUGCUAUAGUUGACCGGCCAAUUAAGCGCACGGAGCAUGGAUCAACUGGAUAGGUUGGACUUAAUCAAUUCCGAAAAUCAUCACCCGGAGGAAAAAUCGUGUCGCAGCCAAAGUUGGAGCAAACGGAGACGACGGAAAUGGGUGCUGUCCAACUGUUGCGCUGUACCGUUCCGAUAUUUUUAUCUCUUCCUGCUAAUACGAAUAUCAGCGGUAGCGGUGAAAAAUCCUUCCAGUGUCGGUAGCAGCAGCAGUAGUAGUGCCAUUGGGGAACGAAUCUACGAACAACAUCAGCGCUUUGCCAUGGAACCUCAGGACCAGACCGCGGUAGUUGGAUCACGGGUGACACUGCCUUGUCGGGUGGUGAACAAAUCGGGACAGUUACAGUGGACAAAGGAUGACUUUGGUCUGGGAACCAACCGGAUUCUGGCAGGCUUCGAGCGAUACUCGAUGAUAGGAAGCGACGAGGAAGGAGACUUUUCGCUGGACAUAUUUCCAGUGAUGUUGGACGACGAUGCCAAGUACCAGUGCCAGGUUGGUCCGGGCAAAAAAGGGACUCCCGGCAUAAGAUCUCGCUUCGCUGCGCUGACAGUACUGGUCCCACCGGAACCACCGACAAUUGUACAAGGAGAUUUCAUGGUCACAACUGAAAAUCGGGAAAUCGAACUGGAAUGCGUAUCGGUCGGAGGCAGGCCAGCAGCAGAGAUGACCUGGAUCGACGGACUGGGCAAUGUGCUCACGAGUGGAAUUGAGUACAUGAAGGAGCCGCUUUCCGAUGCCCGCCGUUUCACGGCCAAGUCGAUUCUCAAACUGACACCUAAAAAGGAGCAUCACAAUACAACGUUCACCUGUCAGGCACAGAACACAGCAGAUCGCACUUAUCGAUCGGUUAGGCUGAAGCUGGAGGUCAAGUAUGCUCCGAAAGUGAGCAUCACAAUCAUUAGCAGCAACGACGGCAGGAUUUUGGAAGGGAGCGAAGUACGGUUGCACUGUCAUGCCGAUGCCAAUCCACCUGACGUUACGUACCGAUGGUACGUUGGCAACGAAAUGCUGAUUGGAGACUAUUCUACUGAACUGGUCAUAUUGAAUACCUCUAAAAAGUACCACGGCACAGUUGUGGAAUGUGAGGUGCGCAAUGUUGUCGGUAAGAGUGAGAAAAGUGAAACAUUGGAUAUCAGUUAUGCACCGUCCUUUCGCAGCCUCCCGAAAUCGGUGGAGGCUGACCUAGAAACCAUGGUAUCCUUGUUCUGCGAUGUGGAUAGUAAUCCCUCGCCGGAUAUUGUUUGGAUGCAUGAUGGGUCUGGUCGAGUCGCAUCUACUUUGGCCAACUUUACACUUACGGUUAUGCACUCGACAGCCGGCCGCUACGUAUGUAAGGCUUCUGUUCCCGGCUUUCCGGAGGUGGAGGCGGAGGCGACCGUUUAUCUGAGAGGGCCGCCAAGUAUCAGCUCGCCGAGACAGCAGUUUGGUAGCAUUACCGAUACCGGGCGACUCGAGUGUGAGGCUUUCUCCAUUCCGAAGGCGAAACAUAUCAUCUGGGCGCACAAUGGGCACGACAUUAACACCAGCAGUGAGCACGACGAGUACACCGUCAUCGAAAGCCACCAACCGGAAGGUGUCAAGUCGACUCUUAUCAUUCACAACAGCCAACGGCAGCACUUUGGCGGCUACAAUUGCACCGUAAUCAACGACUAUGGUCUCGAUUUUGUGGAAAUUGAAUUCAUCUCGAAAGAAAAUAUUUUAUUACCAGUCAUCAUUUUCGGUUCCCUUGGCGGACUGACACUUUUAAUCAUCAUCGUCCUGUUGGCAACGUGCCUUUGGAGUAGAAAGAGCCGAAAGGAGCUCCCACCAGCGGAUGUGAUACCGAAGCACCACGUUUCUGAAAAGGACUGCAAGGAGUUGGACCGCCGUACAUCGAACGUUAGUGACCUGAAAAUCGAUCGUGAUAAUGAAUUUAUGGAAACCAACCUUGGAUCCGAUGGUAUGACAACUCAGGUGAAUGUGGUUCUCGGGUCAAGCACUACAAUCGCCAACCCAAAUCACGCAAGGCAGUUGGAUGAAGCUGUUGGCUCCAUUGGAAGGUGUACUGAUUUCCGCGCUGCCGAAUAUUUCACUGAUAGUUUCAACCAGUUGUCCGGUAAAAGUACUGGGAAUAACAGCAGCACCUACGCACCCUUUAUGGAUUACUCCCGCGAAUACAAUGCACCUGCUACUCAUCUUAUGCAAUUCCGAACGAGCACUAGCAGCAAUAACAUCAAGAAUGACCUGAGCCCUCAGAAUCACAACCCCAUCACCAGUAGUGGACCCACGACUCUUGGACGCCAUCGUAUGCCUGUCCUAAGACAGGAUAACGGGCUUUCCAGCAUACAAGGCAGCGUGGUUUCACUAUCCAAUAGUCUAAUCAAGCCACCACUACUUCAUGGUCAUCUUACAAUUGACUAUCGAUACGGCAGCAGUUAUGUCAAUUCUAAUCACCGUACAGCGAAUAGCAACUCGUCCAUCACCAUUCCUCCUGCUACAGCAAAUCCAGCUGUUACACCAGCCCCACCGCCGUAUAAUGUUGCUACACGAUCUGCGCAAGGGUUGGGUGCUGCUACUACAACGGGAAACCUAACAACUGGUUCCGGUUCCAGCCCAGGAACAGCGGGAGCAGAUUCUACUAGUCCGAGUUCUAUACAAUCAAGUUCUCUGUCACUUUCUCUGGAUUCCCAACAGUCUCAAGUGCUUUCUUCUCUACCAACGGGAGGUGGAGAGACGAAUGGAAGCAGUGCCGCACCGCUGCCUGGAAGUCCUUCCACUGGCACUGGCCAGUUCAUUCUUCCCAACAGUUCGCUCAUCAAACAACAGGGAAGCCAUGCAACACACGUCUGAAAUUGUACGAUCACUUGGACGCUGCAGUACAGAAUCCGCGUUGAUUUAUGGCAAAUUGUUCCAGCACACACCGACCGAAUCAAAACAAUGACAGGCAGAUCCAGGAGAAACCGAGAAAAAUCGGCGAUGAAAUAUUGAUUAAAGUAUGUACAAAUCGAUUCAGGAAAGAAUAAAAAAUA